AUGGGCAACCUCUGUUCCCGCGCCUCAAAUGAUCCAGACACUUUCUCCGGACCCGGCCGCGUAGUCGGCACAACCCCCUCAAACCCCACUCCGCGCGCCUCAGUGCCCCAAAACUCAAAUUGGAAGUCCACUCCAGGCCGGACGUUAGGCGAGAAUAGCCCAACCAAGUCCCAACCCCAGACGCAAGGGAGAGCUGGACCUGGGACUGAUGAAGCGCGAUCCAAUGCCGCGAUAGCAGCGCAGAAACGGGCGGACACCGCUUCCUCGACUUCGAAUAAGGGGAAAUUGGGCUCGAGGCUUGCGGCUGAUAAGAGGAAGACACAGGAUCAGAUAUUGAAUGAGGUUAGUCUGGAUGAGAGGGCUGCGCGGAAUGCGGAUCAAGCUGCGGAAGCGAGACAAUGGUCUUGA